AUGCCGCUGCCCGCCCUGCUCUGCCUCUGCGCGGCCGCCGCCGCCGCCGCCUCCUCCUUCACCAGCCGCGGCGACUACCGCCUGGCCGGCCUCUUCCAGAUGCACAACUCGGCGCCGCGGGCCGCCGCCCGGCCGCUGGUGGACGGCUGCGACAACACCGCCGCCUUCAAGAGCCACGGCUACUGCCUGUCCCAGGCCAUGCGCUUCGCCGUGGAGGAGAUAAACAACUCCAGCACCCUCCUCCCCAACGUCACCUUGGGCUACGACAUCCACGACACCUGCUCGGAGCCCGCCAGCCUCCACGCCACGCUGCGCGCCCUCGCCCGGAAAGGCGGGCGGGAGGUCGAGGUGCUCCCCACCUUCCGCCGCUACGAGCCCGAGGCGGUGGCCAUCAUCGGGCCCGACAGCACCCGCCUGGCCGUCACCACAGCGGCCAUCCUUGGCAUCUUCCUCGUACCGGAGAUUAGCUACGAAGCCUCCUUGGCGACGCUGAGCCUGAAGCGGCUCUAUCCCUCGUUCCUGCGCACGAUUCCCAGCGACAGGCAGCAAGUAAAGGCCAUCUUCCUGCUGCUGCAGCAUUUUGGGUGGACUUGGGUCGCGCUGCUGGGCAGCGACAACGCCUAUGGCAGGGACGGCUUGGACGCCCUCCACAAGCUGUUGACCACAAGUGACGUGUGCGUUGCCUACCAAGGCAUCAUCCCCGUCAACAAGGAUGCCAGCAGCCCGGAGCUCCAUAACCUGGUCAGAAUUCUCACGGACACCAGGGUCAACGUCACCGUCGUCUUCUCCAACAGACAAAGCGCCCGCCCUUUCUUUGAAGUGGUGGUCCAGAGGAACGUCACGGGCAUGGUGUGGGUAGGCUCUGAAGACUGGUCGUUAGCCCAAACAAUCUGGCAGGUGCCUGGCAUCCAGAGUAUCGGCUCAGUGAUUGGGAUGUCGGUUGAGAACACGGAGUCCCCGAUGCUGGAACGCUUUGAAUCUUGGAAGAUGGCAGAGGAAAGCGCUGCAGCUGAGCGUGCCGGCAGCCCGGAGGCAGGUGGGGGAGCCGGAGGGAGUGCCCAGCUGUAUUGCACCCAGCGCUGCACCGGCUGCCACUUGCUCGCCACUGCCCCCAACAUGUAUGAUGCUCAAGCCUCCUUCAACGUGUACUCAGCCGUGUACGCCGUGGCCCACGGCCUCCACGACCUGCUAGGCUGUGCCUCAGGGGCGUGCAGCAAAGGCAAAGUCUACCCCUGGCAGCUCUUACAAAAAAUCAAGCAAGUAAACUUCACCCUGUACAAAAGCCGCAUCUCUUUUGAUGCCAAUGGGGACAUCUGUAAAGGCUACGAUAUCGUCACAUGGGACUGGAGCAGCCCGAGCUGGGCUUUCAAUGUGAUAGGAACUUUCCGUGUGAACCCCGACAGGCUGAGCAUUGACCAGGGCAAAAUCCCAUGGCACACAAAGGAUCGCCAGGCUCCCACCUCGGUGUGCUCCGAGGCCUGUCAACCGGGGGAGAAGCGGCUGCAGCAGAGCCGCCACCGAUGCUGCUUCAGCUGCGUGGCCUGUCCAUCAGGAACCUUUCUGAACAGAUCAGACCUCUACGGCUGCCAGUCCUGCAGGGUAGAGGAGUGGGCCCCGGCGAGGAGCGAAGCUUGCUUCAACCGCACCACCGAGUUUCUGUCCUGGUCUGAGCCCAUCUCCUGGGCACUGCUGAUCCCCACCAUCCUCCUCAUGCUGCUCAUGGCAGGGCUGGCUGUCCUCUUCGCCCUGAACGCCUCCACGCCGGUGGUCAAGUCCGCUGGCGGGAAGAUGUGCUUCCUCAUGCUGGGCUCUCUGGCUUGUGCCUGCAGCAGCCUCUUCUGCUACUUUGGGGAGCCCACCCGGCAGGCGUGCCUGCUGCAGCUCCCCCUCUUCGCCAUCAGCUUCACCGUCUUCCUCUUGUGCGUGGCGACACGCUCCUUCCAGAUCGUCUGCAUCUUCAAGCUGAACGCGCGCUGGCCGGCCCUCUACGAGGCCUGGCUGCGGCGCAGGGGGCCGGUGCUCUUCGUCGCCACUGGCACGGCGGCCCAGGCGGUGCUGUGCCUGGCCGCGGAGGCCGCCAGCCCCUCGGUGCCGCACCGGGAUUAUGGCGUGGCGGCCGAGCGGGUGGUGCUGGAGUGCACCUCGAGCGCGGGGGCGAGCAGGAUGGUCGCCGUCGCCUACACCGUGUUGCUCAGCGUCUGCUGCUUCGUCCUCAGCUACAUGGGCAAGGACCUGCCCGCCAGCUACAACGAGGCCAAGUGCCUCACCUGCAGCCUGUUCCUGCACCUCGCCUGCGCCGCCGCCGUCCUCUGCACGCAGGGCGCUUUCCGCGGCCGGGAGGCGGCGGCGGUCCAGGUGCUCGGCGCCCUCUGCACCCUCGGCGCCCUGCUGGGCGGCUAUUUUCUCCCGAAGGCCUUCGUCAUCCUGCUGCGGCCGCGCCUCAACACGCCCGAGCACUUCCAGAUGGCGAUCCAGAGCUACACGCGGCGCCUGGCCGAGGCCUGAGGCGGCGGGUGGACGGGGACGGCCGGGACGGGGCCGAGCCGGCGCCGCCGCCGCCGCCGCCGCCGCCGGGCCCCUGAGGCGCGCCGCGCGUCACAUCCGUCGC